AUGUUCAACGACACGCGCAACGGCAGCAGCUUAUGGACGAAAAACGCGGCCGGGUUGGAACAGGCGGCGGUCAUCGAGGAGCUGAUAGCCGAGUUCUCGUCGUCGCAAAUGAAGUUCACCGAGACCAGAAGCAUCAUGCUGAUCGGCCUCUACGUCCCGUUGUUCUUGGUCGCGGCCAUAGCGAAUUCCGUGGUCAUCGUCGUGGUCAUCAAGUACCACUACAUGCGCAGGUAA